AUGAGACGGGAACUGGGAAAAGAAUGGACAAAAAAGUUUGCAGAAUUUGAUAGAGUUCCCAUCGCUGCAGCAAGUAUAGGGCAGGUCCAUCGUGCUACAUUGCCCGAUGGUAAAAAGGUAGUCGUAAAAGUUCAAUACCCCGGUGUGAAGGAUUCCAUUGAUUCCGAUUUGAACAACCUCCUAAUGUUUUUGAGUGCCUCUCGGCUAUUGCCAAAGGGUUUAUUUCUAGAUAAAACUGUUGCCAAUGCCAGGAAAGAGCUAAAGUGGGAGUGUGAUUAUGUCAGGGAAUCCCGAGCACUGCAACAUUUCGAACAACUUUUGAAGGAUGAUCCUGUGUUUGCUGUUCCUCAUGUCUAUGCAGACCUGACAACGACCAAUGUUAUUACAAUGUCUUAUAUGGAAGGAACCGAAAUAAUGAAAUUACCACUUAAUACUUCGCAGAACGUUAAAGAUUUCAUCUCACAAACUAUAAUGCGUCUGUGUCUGGAAGAAAUAGCAAUAUUUGAGUACAUGCAAACAGAUCCUAAUUGGGCAAAUUUCCUCUAUAAUGCGAAGACAAAUAAAAUUGAGCUUUUAGAUUUUGGAGCUUCAAGACCAUUUCCAUCAGAAUUCAUCCAAAACUAUAGAAAGUUACUAUCAUAUGCCACCCUCAACGAUCGUGAAAAAGUUUACGAAUACUCUAAAAAGCUUGGAUAUUUAACAGGACUAGAAACUCAGGCUAUGGUUGACGCUCAUGUAAAUAGUGUGAUAACAUUAGGCGAGCCUUUUUCUGGCCCUACUGCACGACCAUUCAGUUUCAAAAAUCAAACCGUAUCGGAUAGAAUUAGAGCAAAUAUAGGCUUAAUGUUGAGUGAAAGGUUAAGUCCCCCACCAGAGGAAACAUAUUCGCUCCAUAGAAAAUUCAGCGGAAUUUUUCUGCUGUGUGCUAGAAUGGAGUCAACUGUUUACAGUGCAAAACUCUUCAAAGACAUAUUUUUCUUAGUAGAUAAAUAG